CAAGCUUUGAAGACACCUCAUCCUGAACCAGAAAGAUGGAAGGAGACUUAUGAUACAAUCAAGGAAAUGCGGUCUAAUUUCGUGGCACCCGUAGACACUAUGGGCUGCGACCAGGCUCAGUUCAAGGAGUCUGACCCCAAGAGUCGACGUUUCGCUACUCUCGUUUCCCUUAUGUUAUCUUCCCAGACUAAGGACGAAGUGACAGAUGCGGCGGUAUCCAAGCUCAGAGAAGCCCUUGGGGGUAGCUUGACGGUCGACGCCAUGAUUGAAGCGGAACCCUCAGUCAUAUCCGAGGCUAUAGCGAAAGUAGGAUUCUGGCGUCGGAAGACUGAUUAUCUACAGCGUGCUGCGCAACGGCUUCGGGAUGAGUUUGAUUCAGACGUUCCCAAAACUGUGGACGAGUUAUGCUCAUUGCCAGGUGUUGGUCCCAAAAUGGCCUUUCUUGCUCUUCAGGUUGCCUGGGAUUUGAACCAUGGUAUUGGUGUCGAUGUUCACGUGCAUCGAAUAACGAAUCGCUUAGGGUGGCAUAAGAAGCCAACGAAGAACCCGGAGGAGACAAGAUUGAACCUACAGUCAUGGCUGCCCAAAGAGCUACACCGAGAGAUAAACCACAUGCUCGUUGGUUUUGGCCAAGUUGUUUGCCUUCCUGUGGGUCCAAAAUGUGACUCAUGCGCUCUGAGCACCAAGCAGCUAUGUCCGAGUGCACGC